AUGCCCGGCAUCCUCAUGAUGAACCACAGCGCAACCGAUUCGGCAAGAGAUGGAGAAAUCAAGAAGCGCUCCUUUGAUGGCAAGCUUGUCAAUGGCAACGACGUGCGCAAUGAUGCGGCAGUUACGAACGGCAACACAGGCAAACUCGCCAUCAACGGUGCCUCGACAGCUGUAGCUGCGCCCACCAUGGACCAGUACGCGGACCUCCCCCCGAAGAUUGCUCAUAUUGGCCCAGAGGCGUACCACCCCCUGUCAAAGCUACUGGCACGUAUCGCGCAGGAAUGCUACAAUGCCCUCGAGGACACGCUGCAUAAGAUGUCUGGCAUGUCGCUAGGCCAGCAAGCAAACGGCGUCAUGACGAACGGUGUACCUCCCCAAGACAAUCCUGAAGUCAACAAGCGGAAAAAAUUGCUCCUGCUAAAGUUUGCACAAGAGAAUCGGGCAAAAUUCAUAAAGCUGCUUGUCUUGACAGAAUGGGGGCAGAAGUCGGCUGUCGAUAUUGGCAAGGUCAUCGAUCUUUACUCGUGGGCAAAAGAGCAGGCUGCGCAUAUGGAUUUUGUGGAUGAACAGGUCAACCAGAUCAAGAUUCUCUCUGCGUAUGCGAGGGAAAACAAUCCAGACAUCAGGACUGCAUUGGAGGUCUUGUCGACUGGAAACGCUUCCUGGAUCCCAACUCUGGAUUACAUACCACCUGAUCCCAUUUCGUCAGACAAAGCGCUCAAGCUCCUGCGUGCUAUGAACACUUCCCUUUCGAUACGGCUGAAUGUACACGAAAUUUUACCAAGACAUCUUCGGAACUGGCGCAUAGAAUCUGGCCGUGCAACAUUCGUCAUCAAUAAUGAGCUAGAGUUCGACGUGAUCUCCUUCGUUGAGGACACUUCAGAUCAGUGGUGGUUUAUCGAUUUACGAUUGUUAUUCGUCCCUGCGCCGACUAUCGAGAUUGACAGUCGAUUCUUCCUGACACUCAAGCAACAGGCCGACUAUGUUCUGCAUGAGAAAGGACUAGGUGGUCUCUUCGAUUUCCUUCACAACUUCGUCUUGACCCACAAGAUCUCAGUCCUUCGAACACAGGCUGCAGAACUUGCGCGCUCAGGGUGGGCGGGUUCGCUGAAAGUCGAGCCCGUACAUCGCGAACUCGUGGUGCAGUAUUGGACAGACAGGCCAGGGAAGAAGAACUGGAUAGAAUUUGGCACAACGAGCAACAAACCAAAGAACGGAAAGACAUCGUGGCGAGGUGCUCCAUUACCAUCUCUGACAGCGCGCUGGUUUUGCCACGGGAGAGAGGUUGCGGACAUGGACCUCGGUGUCGACUGGAAGGACAUAUCGAUGGAGCGCAUCCUCAAGCGCGUCAUCGCACUUCACGCGGCCCAGAUAUUACAGUCGGCACGGGAACACUUCGAUACAAGUCUCGGUGUCGACUUGAGUAUGUCUGGAUCUGAACCUACAGAUUGCAGCCUCGCCGUCUCUCUUGGGACGGCAUCCAACUCGGUCACGCUGUCACUGGAGCCGAUCACCGGCAGCUAUAUCAUACGGCCAGCUAGCGCGCUCUCCGCUAGAGCUGAGUUCGCCCUGAAUCAAGGCAGAGAACCGGUGCAGAUAGCAGGCAUACUUACAUCGAUGCUCUCGCAAACACUGCGCGACCACAUCCAGAGGACUGCCCAGCAAAUUGGGUGGCAACCGAUUACAAGACAAGCUCUGCGGUCAGACGUUGUGAGAGCGGCUGUGAAGGCGCAUGUCUUGGACUAUGCACUCUACUCUCCUCGCGGUUGGACGCCGACCUGGACACUGGCCGCCAUGGUGGACACCGCAGGCGAUUCAUGGUGGAUUCUCCAGCUCAGCUCGAAUGGUACUAUCAUCGACUACGCCGAGCAGAUAUUGAUGGAAAGAUACGAGGGAAGCAGCCUGGCCAUCAAUCGUAGCACCUUGUGUAGUGUGGAGCGCGUGGCAGUGCAAUUGAUUUCUUUCCGCGUUACGGUCCGCCAACUGGAGAAGCAGCAAAAGAUGUUCGCACUGCGCCGCAAAUUUAGUCCAAGCAGCAACCCAGUCGAAGUCGGUCGCGUCGUCCAGGGCUGGGCUCUUUAUCUGCAAACGACCGAUCUACUCACGACUAAGUCCGGAGAGCAACCCUGGCUGGAGGAUAACAUUGCGAUCGCUUGCGAAGGGUUGAAGAGCAACGGUCGUAGUGUUUGGCACAUUGCUUCUGGUCGGAUGGUCAAGAACGCGGCUGCAGACAUGCAAAAGCUCAUGUCCACUUCGCCGCAGAGUAACUUCAAGUUCACAGCAGACGGCAGCUUCAGAAUUCUUCUGGCAACUCCUUUUGGCAGCGACAUCCUUGGCGAGCUCCGCGCGCGACUUCGCGACGUCAAUCGCCUACGAUCCUUUGCAACCACCCUCCAAAAGCGGCAAAUGCGCCUCGCAUCUUCCUCUCUCCAAAGAGUCCAAUUCCGAUACGGCCCCUCCCAGCACACAGCAGCUGUGUCCUUCGCCUCUGAGAAGGAAAUCGCAAUCGAAAUCCCCCCGUUGAACCCACAUCACCGCAUCCGUCGAUUUCUCACCUCUAUCGCAAACGACUGCGAUCCCUCUCUCCCACUCCUUUCGUUUGGAGACGCGAACGGCCUCGACCACUUCUGCACUGCUCUCAUUCUUACCCGCUCGCUUCUUGGUGUCCUUAGCGACCUCGAAACACAGACUCCAGGCGACUUCCGCAAUCCAGCAGUUCACGUGCACUCGAUCUUCAAAUACCGCCUUACUUACGAGAAUCCCCUGUGCACAUUUGAUAUCCGUCUUCAGCCUAAAGAUGACAAGGUGUAUUGGUUUAUCGAAGACAAUCUCAAGCGUCCGCACGAUGUGCGCCCAACACCUGAGCGGAAUCCGAGCCACAGACGGCUAGACAAUCUUCAGGGGAAACUGAAAGAGCUGUUUAGGUCCAGAGCGGAAGGAUGGUUUGGCACAAGAAAUGGUCUCGUUGCGGAGCUUGACGCUGUUCCCGACGUGCUAAGGAAGCUAAACGACACAGUGUUGAACUGCAAGAUGGAGGGCGGAUACAAGGCACCUCCACCACUGGAACCUUCGGCGCAGACGAACGGAAACGCCUCAUCGCUGGUGAGACGACCAUCACAGCAGCAGCAAAACCGUCCUCAGCAGAUCUCCCCACAAAUGGCAAGACGGCAGCAGCCGAAUCUGAAUCAGCAGCCAAAUGGCCGUUUACAACAAAACGGCCAGAGGCAGCAGCCUACGCCACAGCAGGUCCAGCACAUGCAACAUUUGCAGCAACAGGCGAGAGCGGCGCAACAGCAGGCACGGCAGAAAAAGGGCGACAUCAUUGAGAUUGAUUGA